AGUGGGAGUUGGAGAAGAAGAAAGAAAGAAAGAACUCAAAGAAGUCGACGUGUUGAGCUGUUUCUCAUAUUCCCCCUCUCAAUGCUUUUUUUGUCGUCGUGCUAUCCUCAAUGCGCGGAACCAUCGCCACAACGCGCCAUCAAAACCCUCCUCCCUUUCUCUCUUCUCCAUUUCACCUCCAUUUCUCCAUCCCAUUCCACUUCCAAAGCUCUCAUCUUGAUCCUUUUUUAAGAUUUUGAUCCCUUUCCCUAUUGAUUUCCCAACUCCAAUGCGAGUGAUUUGAGGAGAAAUCUCCGUUUUUCUUCUGCAAUGCUCGCAGUUUGAAGAGAAAUCUCACUGUUUUUUGGCUGGAAAAUCUACGUUUUGGUUGUCGAAAAAGCUUCGAGCUUGGUUCUAAUGGCGCCGUCCUUUGACUGGUGGGCAAAGGAGUCACAGAGAGGAACUCCAGUGGUGGUGAAGAUGGAGAACCCUAACUGGUCCAUGGUGGAGCUCUCCGGCGAUGACACUGAUGAAGACUCUACCCUCUCUGGCACCGCCGCUGCCAAGAUUGGCCGGAAUAAGAAUGCUAAGCAAAUCACUUGGGUUCUCCUCCUCAAAGCCCACCGCGCCGCCGGCUGCCUCACUUCCCUCGCUUGGACCUUCUUCUCCCUCGUCUCCGCCAUCCGCCGCCGCCUUGCCGCUGGCCGCACUGACGCCACUGACAGCCACCAUCUCCGUUCCCGUGUCUACUCCUUUAUCAAAGUCUUCCUCUUUCUCUCCAUCACUCUCCUUAUCUUCGAGCUCGCAGCCUACUUCAAUGGCUGGCAUCUCCGCAAGCUGUCCAUUCCCACUUUCUCGCUGGCUUCGAUCUACUCCGAUUGGGUCCGCUUCCGAGUCGCCUACCUCGCUCCACCGCUGCAAUUCCUCGCCGACUCCUGCGUCGUUCUCUUCCUCAUCCAAAGCGCCGACCGUUUAAUCCUCUGUCUCGGCUUCUUCUGGAUUCGUUUCAAAGGCUUGAAGCCAUUGCCGGAACCCAGCGCCAUCUCCGGCGAAGACGACGUUGAAGCCCCCGGCGAGGAUUUCCCAAUGGUGCUCGUCCAAAUGCCAAUGUGCAACGAAAAGGAGGUUUAUCAGCAAUCAAUAUCAGCAGUGUGUAAUUUAGACUGGCCAAAAUCCAAUAUGCUCAUUCAAGUUCUCGAUGACUCCGAUGAUGUUGCGACGCAGGCCUUGAUCAAGGAAGAGGUGGAGAAGUGGAAGGAGAAUGGCACCCGUAUUGUUUACAGGCAUAGAGUUCUUAGAGAUGGUUAUAAAGCCGGUAAUCUCAAGUCUGCAAUGAAUUGUAGCUAUGUUAAGGAUUAUGAGUUUGUUGUCAUCUUCGAUGCCGAUUUCCAGCCUACGCCGGACUUUUUGAAACGUACCGUGCCACAUUUCAAGGGCAAGGAUGAUGUUGGGUUGGUGCAGGCGAGGUGGUCAUUUGUUAACAAAGACGAGAACUUGCUCACUAGGUUGCAGAACAUCAACCUCUGCUUUCAUUUUGAGGUUGAGCAGCAGGUGAAUGGGAUGUUCAUCAACUUCUUCGGGUUUAAUGGCACGGCGGGUGUUUGGAGGAUUAAGGCGUUGGAGGACGCCGGAGGGUGGCUUGAGAGGACUACAGUUGAGGACAUGGACAUCGCUGUUCGAGCUCAUCUCAAGGGCUGGAAGUUCGUCUUCUUGAAUGAUGUUGAGUGCCAAUGUGAAUUGCCGGAGUCAUACGAGGCUUACCGUAAGCAGCAACACCGGUGGCAUUCAGGCCCAAUGCAGUUGUUUCGCUUGUGCUUGCCAGAUAUCAUUCGAUCAAAGAUUGGUUUCUGGAAGAAAUGCAACUUGAUCUUCUUGUUCUUCCUUCUUCGGAAACUUAUUUUACCGUUCUAUUCAUUCACUUUAUUCUGUAUUAUACUCCCGAUGACAAUGUUCGUCCCGGAAGCAGAGCUCCCUGCAUGGGUUGUCUGCUACAUUCCGGCCACAAUGUCCUUCCUCAACAUCCUCCCCGCGCUGAGAUCCUUCCCGUUCAUCGUCCCAUACCUUCUCUUCGAGAACACAAUGUCAGUAACCAAGUUCAAUGCCAUGAUCUCUGGCCUAUUUCAGCUUGGAAGUGCCUAUGAAUGGGUGGUGACAAAGAAGUCAGGUCGAUCUUCCGAGGGUGAUCUUCUUUCUCUGAUUGAGAAACAACCAAAGAAAGAAUUCGGUGGCUCAGCUCCAGACCUCCAUGCAUUGGCAAAGGAGGAAUCCAAGCCAAAGAAGUCGAAGAAAAAACACAACAAGAUCUUCCUGAAGGAGCUCUCUCUCGCCUUCCUUCUCUUGACGGCUGCCGCCCGGAGUUUGCUCUCUGCACAGGGUAUACACUUCUACUUUCUACUCUUUCAAGGAAUUUCAUUCUUGAUGGUCGGUCUCGAUCUGAUCGGCGAGCAAAUUCAGUAAUAGCACAAUGACAAUAACACAACAAAAACAUCUAUGAAUGUUUAUAGAUGAUGAAAGGGAUGCACCCCUUGUGAUACCUCUUAUAUAUAUUUAGUUUUGCUUUAAAGCUGUAGAUAGCUUCACUGUCAAUUCUUUUUGUAAGAAAUUUUGAUAUCAAAUGGAAGAUCUGUUACAAAUUUCAACAAAGAUUACAUUGAUUUCA